AUGAUAGCCAAGCAGAUUCAUGAAAUCGAAUUUGCUUAAAUUAAAUUGUUUAUUUAAAUUCAUUAAAGCAAUACUAAUAAGUUUUAUUCAUUUAAUGAUGAUUUGUAGAUCUUUACUUUAAGUGUGCGUGAAAAAAAGCAGGAAUUCUCUAUCAAAAUGAAUUAAGGGAUUAGAAGUAAUUAUAAAAACUUAACUUUAUAUUUAAAAUCAAUAUUUUUUGAUACUCUAAAUUUCCAAAAGGAAGUAAACGUUAUUGCAAAGUAGAAACCAAAAGAAUAAAAAAAAGCGACUAAUUAACUAAUUUUAACCUUAGCAAACAUGGUUGAUAAAAAGCUAUCAAUGGAAGAUUUUGAUAUUAUCUAAGUUUUAGGUAGGGGAUCGUUUGGUGAAGUUAUAUUAGCUAAAAACAAAUCCAACAAUGAAUUUUGUGCAAUUAAAAUUCUUGAGAAGUCAUAUUUAGCAAGGGAAAAGAAGCAAUACUAAGUUUUCAUUGAAAAGGAAGUACUCACACAUAUCCGUUUUGAUGGUAUCAUUUAGCUCUUAGGAAGUUUUAAAGAUAAUUAAUUCUUAUAUUUCGUGUUGGAGUAUUGUGAAGGAGGAGAGUUUUCCAGUUAUCUUUAGCAUAAUUUCAAGUUCUUAAACUAAGAUACAAUCAAAUUUUAUGCUGCAGAAAUUGUUUAUAUACUCGAAAAUUUGCACAAAAAUGGAAUUAUUCAUAGAGAUUUAAAGCCUGAAAAUUUGAUGCUCACCAAAGAUAACCAUCUCAAAAUUAUUGAUUUCGGAACUUGUGGUUUUGAUAGAAGAAUUCCAGAAGAUCUCUUUUAAAAGAUUAACAAUAUCAAGAAGAAAUUCCCUUAGGAAACUGAUCCAAUGGAUGAUGAAGACUCAAGAACCCGUUCUUCAACUUUUGUAGGAACAGCAGAAUAUGUCUCUCCAGAGCUUUUAGAGGGUGAAAUUUGCACUUCUUCUGCUGAUUUGUGGGCUUUAGGUUGCAUUAUAUAUAGAAUGUUUGUAGGAAAUACUCCUUUCGUUGACGUUAAUGAUGCUACGAAUAAUGAAUUCAAAGUUUUUAAUAAAGUUAAAGCUUGCCAAUAUUAUAUUCCUGAUAGUGUACCUCCUGAAGCAGCCGAUUUAAUUAAAAAUCUUCUUAAAAGAAACCCAUUUGAAAGAAUUGGAGGAGGAGAACCUGGAGUUAAUGACAUAAACACCCUUAAAAAGCAUCCUUUCUUUAAAGGGAUAAAUUGGCUUACAUUGUCAAAAUAAGCAGCUCCUAAAAGAGAAAUUUGCAAAUAAUAAACAGAUAACGAAGAUGAUGAUAUUAAUGAUUUCGCUCCUUCAAGUCCCCAAACUCCUGUAAAUACUACUUCUAUGAGACCACUUAUUACUGGAAGAGUGCUUAAAAAAGUAGCUUGGCUUAUUUACAAACCAAGAUAAUUAAUUUUACAAGAAGAGCCUCCUAAAUUGGUCUAUUAUGAUCCUAUGACAAAUGUAAAAAAGGGAGAAAUACCUCUAUCAAAGAAUGUAAAAAUAGAAUUAUAGGACAAGUCAAGAUUUACUAUAGUUGGUCCAAAGAAAAAAUAUUUCUUUAAAGAACUCGACCACCCUGCAAAUAUUUGGGUAGAAAAAGUCUCAAAAUUAAUAAAAGAUAAAUUUGAAGAUUUAAAACUUUGA